UUUUUUAAACUUCAACAUGUACUGAUUUUCCCUCCACGCGCCGUCGUAUAUCUUUACGCGCCACUACGCCUUCUCUCUUUUUUGUCAUCUUACUUUUCCGACUCUCUUUCUGUCCACUUUGGCUCCACUGUUCCUCUUUUUUUGGAUUAGUGGAAACCAAAUUCCAAAUUCCAAAUUCCAAAUUCCACCUUCAUCUCCAACUCUUCUUUCCCUUUCUCCGUGAUUUUUCAGAGCUAAACCUUAAGGAUCUGAAUUGGGUUUUUCAUUUCGCUUCGGAUUUCUUAAAGGGGUGGCGGUUAUUGGCGGCUUUCUUUAUGAUUCCGCGGCCUCUGAUGAGAAGAAGAGCAAAAUGGGGGGAGUCACUUCUUCAAUCGCCGCUAAAUUCGCCUUCUUCCCGCCCACUCCGCCGUCUUACACUGUAGUUGCGGAUGAAUCCCACGAUGGUCGUCUUUACAUUCCUGAGAUUCCGAGACGUGACGAUGUUGAUGUUCUUCGUCUUCGAACUCGUCGAGGGAAUGAUAUUGUGGCUGUUCAUGUUAAACACCCCAAAGCUUCUGGUACUCUGCUUUAUUCCCAUGGAAAUGCUGCUGAUUUGGGGCAGAUGUUUGAGCUUUUCGUUGAAUUGAGCGUUCGGCUUCGUGUUAAUCUUAUGGGGUAUGAUUAUUCUGGCUAUGGGCAAUCAACUGGAAAGCCAACUGAAUGUAACACAUAUGCCGACAUUGAUGCUGCAUAUAAAUGCCUCAAGGAGAAGUAUGGGGUAAAUGAUGAACAACUAAUAUUAUAUGGUCAAUCUGUUGGCAGCGGCCCUACACUUGAUCUUGCGUCUCGAUUAUCGAACUUGAGAGGUGUAGUUUUACAUAGCCCAAUCCUAUCUGGACUGAGGGUAUUAUACCCUGUCAAACGGACUUAUUGGUUUGAUAUCUACAAGAACAUCGACAAGAUUGGUUUGGUGAACUGUCCUGUUUUAAUCAUACAUGGGACAGCUGAUGAAGUUGUUGAUUGGUCCCAUGGAAAGCAGCUCUGGGAUCUUUGCAACCAAAAAUAUGAACCUCUAUGGGUAAGUGGAGGUGGGCACUGCAAUCUUGAGCUCUACCCUGAGUUCAUCAAACAUUUAAAGAAAUUUGUACAGUCACUGGGAAAAUCAAAAGCAUCAACAAAUGCUUCUGAGAAAGCUGAAGUAGAAAUCGACGGUCAGAAAAAACCAUCCGAAACUGGGCCUUCAGAUACGUUCGAAUUGGCUGCUGAUCUUCCAGAAGUUUCCCGGAACAGUUUAGAUAGUCGGCUUGAGAAGUCCAAAAAAGUAAACAAGCCUGAGAAAUCUCGAAUGAGCACCGAUCGUGUUGAUAGGUUUAGGAAACGAAAGGGGCUUGUUUGGUAAUCAAUUACAUUGAAAUUCAUCUCAAAAUAAGCUAUAAACUGUGUCCCCUUCCUUCUACAUUGAUGCAUCCAUUCUACCAGCAAUGUACCAAUUGUGUGUGAUUCUGUUUUUGUUUUCCCUUUUUCACCUUUAUGUAUUUUCUUUUCAUUUAUAUUCCUUUUGUACAAACAGAAACUAGAUAAGAGCAAAAGCUUUGCAGUUUUUGCUGAUCUUGAGGCUGAAAUGUUGAUGUACCAUGAUGAACAGUUCAAUUCCCUGUUGCUAACUUUAAGCAUUUCCUUUCGUA